GAAAAACCUUCGCAACCUUCCACGCAGCAACACCCAACUCAACUCUUCCUUUCCACGUCGCCAUCAAAACAAAUAUUCCAACCAAUCCUUUCCAUCGAGCACAUACUACUAUCACGUGUAGCAAUUGAUGCUUGACCAUUUGCUUUGCGACGACGAGAAUUGAUUCGGUCUAAUUAGGGGGUAGGAGAGGAAUAUCGCGGGGUAGAGGGGUAAAUUUACACUUGGUCGCCUUUAUCAAUUUUUAAUUCUUCAAUUCUUCAAAAUUCCCCGUCCCAAUGCCUCCACGACCAAAAGUACCGUUGGCGCGGCCCAAUCCUUUGAGGAACAUGAAGCCAAUCAAAGCACCUACUGCACUCUCUCGAAAAGCUGCUGUGGGUGCUGCAAGAGGCAAACCAAGACCGGCGUGUCCAAAUCCACAAUGUACUAAACCUCAAAUCGAAGAUGGUGUAUGUCACAACUGUGGUACUGUGGUUGACGAUUCAAAUAUUGUUUCGGAAAUUCAAUUCGGAGAAAGCAGCAGUGGUGCUGCAAUUGUUCAAGGAAGUCAUGUUGGCGCGGAUCAAGGUGGUGCCCAAACCAUGGGACCUGCCUUUAGAAGAGCUGGCGGUGGUGAAAGUAAUAAGGAGAAUACUCUUCGCGAAGGAAAACGUAUCAUGCAAGCUUUAGCAAAUCAACUAGGAAUCUCAGACCAAGUUAUCGGUGUUGGUCACCAAAUUUUCAAACUUGCAUCAAUGAACAAUUUUAUUCAAGGUCGAAGAACGGAUCUCGUGGCAGCAGUUUGCUUGUAUAGUGCCUGUAGAAAGGAACAGCCAUGCAGAGUUAUGCUUAUUGAUUUUGCCGACAAGUCUCAGGUUAAUGUAUUCACACUCGGUAAAUAUUUCAAAGCUCUCCACAAACAGAUUUCAUUAGCCACGGAUGGCAUUUUACCAGUUCUUCCCGAGGAUCUGAUUUGGAAAUUCGCUUCCAAACUCGAGUUCUACGAACAAACCGAAAAGGUCGCCGAUGAUGCAAUUCGUAUGGUUCGAAGAAUGAGUCUGGAUUGGAUGGUAAUGGGAAGAAGACCUUCUGGUGUCUGUGGUGCUUGUUUAAUCCUAGCGGCGCGAAUGAAUAACUUUCGUCGAACAGUCACCGAAGUGGUCUAUGUCGUCAAAGUCACAACAGCCACUAUUCAGAAGCGUUUGGAGGAAUUCAAGAGAACACCAAGUAGUGCUCUUACGGUCGAAGAAUUUCUCAACAACGAGUUCUUAGAGUCUGCACACGACCCUCCUUCCUUCUACCAAAAGUCUGAAGCCUACCUCAAAGAAAUGGAAGAGACGAAGAAAAAACGCAAGCGAAAGGGCAAGGGCAAAUCCACCGAAGCCGAAGAAGACAAUGCGGAUGAUUCUGAAGAGGAGAACGACGGAAUCAAUAAGAGACAAAAGUCUACAUCUGGAGCUCCUGUACCACCAGCAGAAGUCAGACGCGAUGCCGAUGGCUUUGUUGUUCCUGCAAUCCCUACCUCCCUAGAGGAAAAUAUCGAUCCACAACUUUUGGACGAUGCCAUUGAAGAUGAAUCAGGUACCUCGUUCAACAAACUUGUUGCUGAGUUUGGUGACGUUGAGCCUGCUGAUGCAGAAGCUGCAAAGGAGCUCGAAGAACACGCCGGUGCACCCACUAGAGGCCCCGGUCGUCCACGAAAUGAUGAACCUGCCAUCGAAAUGCCACAGGAAUGGCUCGCGGUAGAAGACGAACUCGAGCAACAAAUUACAGAAAUGGUUUCUGACCCACAUACUCAGGAGCAUGCAAUCAGUUUCGCUAUAGCCCAAAAGAAAGCACAUAUCCACCUUCUCUACGCGGAAGCCAACCACCCUCAAAAAUAUGUCAGCAUGGAUACUCACAUCGGAGAAGAUGAAUUUGCUGAUGACGAAGAAGUCAUGAAUUGCGUAUUACCUGAUGCUGAAGUUGCUAAGAAGGAACAAAUUUGGCUCAAUGCGAAUAAAGAUUGGCUUCGCAAACAACAACAAAAGGAUUUCGAAAAGAGAAAGGCUGCUAUGGGACCACCAAAGGUUACUAGAGCGAGAAAGAAGAAGCCAAGAAUUGGAGAAGGGCAAACCAGUGUAGCUAGUACACCAGCAGAAGCAGCUGUCAACGCAAUGAAGGAAAGAAGUUGGAGUAAGAAGAUCAACUAUGAAGCUAUCAGAGAUAUUUUCAAGACUGUGGGCACUAGAUCUGGACCUGGCAGUGUCGCUACGGGAAGCAAAGUUACAAGUAGAGAUGCAUCCACGGCUCCUGGCUCAGUUGCAGGUAGUAUUGUUGAUGGUGAGGAGGAAAUCGUAGAAGAGGUUGAUGAGACAAAUGAGCCGACUGGUGACGAUUGGAGAGGUGAAGUGAAUGGUAAUGGUUAUGAUGAAGACGACUACGAUGAAGACGACGCAAUGGGUAUGGGUGACAUUGAUGAGGAUGAGUUGUAUGGUUAAGUGUUCACUGUAACACAGGCCUUCGAUCUCAUUCGGGGAAGUGGGGUGGAGGUGAUAAUUCUUGUGGGAUGGACAAUUAUAAAAGGGGCAUCUUUUGCACAUAUUCAUGCAUCGACGGAGUAACUGGGCGUUCACUGCAUAUGGUAGAGGAGUUUCACAGGAUAUUGCGCAACUGAGCAAUGGUGCAUAAUCUGGACGGCGAGACAGAUAUUUUCCGAAUAUUUUACCUGUAGAAUACAAUAGCUUCAAGACAAACAAGAGAAAUAAUUACACACAUAAACUCA